GCCCACUGUGACUCAUUUGUCACAUUGGAAACGAAAGGCUGUGGUCUAUCUGUGGUACAGUGUGUUGAAACUGAAUUAAACAUCGAAUCAUAUGAGCAAAGGCAGCUUCAAAAUUAUUUAUGAUUGCGUCGUCCGCAACAACACUGAAAUAUUCCUAUACGAUUCAGUGCGCUCCUAUAAAAAAAGGCAUAGCAGCGGGCUUUCUGUAUUUCCUGGUUACUGCAGCAUUAUCAAUGUGUAUACAGGCCUGUACUGUGUUGACUGACUGGUUAUGAUACGAGUGGGACGGAACUGGGUUGGGCCGAUUCGAAUAGCACUUAGCCUUUUAGGAUUUCCAUUUUGCCUCUGCACCUCAGGAAUCAGGCCUCUCACCUCAUUCUCUCCUGACCAGUUUAUUGCCAGAGUUAGUAAAAGCCUCAGUACCAGUGGCUGUAGUCUGUGUGUGCUACCGCCCAGUGUCUUCACCAUGCCCUGCUCGGCCCCUCACAACAAGGCCAGAUGCCCAAAGUACCCCGGCUCAGAGACACAGCGGUUCCCAGUGCCUGAUGACAAAGUUGACUGGAAUACUGAUUGGCCCCAGUACAGACCAGUGGGCUACACUGCCCCAUCUGUGCUCAUCAAGCCUGUAUGGGCCGAUCAGGACAUCAGGUCUUUCUCCCCACGGUUUAACGCUCUGGAUGGCAAUGUGGACAGACGGAGUCACGAGGGAGACUACAGAGUGGAGCAAGGCAUGCCACUAAAUCCUCGCGGCCGCACUGGUUUGACUGGGAGAGGUUUGCUGGGACGGUGGGGACCCAAUCACGCAGCAGAUCCCAUUGUUACCAGGUGGAAGAGAGACUCAGCUGGACAGCAAGUGUUGCACCCAGUGUCCAAACUGCCAGUUUUGCAGUUUGUGUCCAUCAAGAGGAGAGACUGUGGGGAAUGGGCCAUCCCAGGGGGUAUGGUAGACCCGGGGGAGCUGGUGUCCCUCACCCUGCAGCGUGAGUUCUCAGAGGAGGCUCUGAACUCCCUGGCAGCUUCCCCCCAGGACAGAGAGCGGAUCCACGAGCGCAUCACUCAGCUGUUCAACUCGCCGGGUCUGGAGGUUUAUAAGGGCUAUGUAGAUGACCCAAGAAAUAAUGACAACUCUUGGAUGGAAACGGUUGCUGUCAACUUCCAUGAUGAUACUGGUAACAGUGUGAGCGAGCUCCCAUUGCAAGCGGGCGAUGAUGCCGGGCAAGUCCACUGGAUCGACCUUGACUCCGUCCUAUCCCUCUAUGCAAGCCACUCCCAGUUCUUGGAGGUGGUCGCCAAGGAGAGGCAUGCUCACUGGUAACCAAGGAAACUGUCCUCACGUUCAAGAGGAUUGGCCGGAGCAAGGCCCUGCAGCAUUAUCACUAUGUUUUGGCAUCAUGGCCUUGGUCAGGGAGUAACGAAACAAUGAGAGCAUGUCUUCUUUUGAACAAAUCAUGUUCCCAUCAGCCCUGAUUAGAGGGAGUGGUUACAGAGUAACCACAUACCACAUAGUAAACAGUGAAAAGCAAUAGGUAAUAUACAUUCUAAAUAUAUAUAUAUACACUAUCAAAAUGCAUAUUUGAGGUUAGAAGCAGUAGAAAGGUCUAAGUAGUUAUGGCCUUUUUAUUUCACCAUUAUUUUACCAGGUAGGCGAGUUGAGAACAAGUUCUCAUUUACAACUGUGACCUGGCCAAGAUAAAGCAAAGCAGUGUGACAAAAACAA